GAAGAAGAAAGUCGCUUCUUUUUGUUUGCAACGAACAACAGCAGUUCAUGCGUAACACAAACGCCGUUUGUUGUCCCUCUAUUCUCGGAAGAGAUCGGAAAGCAUUGAUCAGAUCCCGGGAUGUUUUCUUUAAAGGACCGUGCAUCUUGGACAGGAGCUCAGGCCAGGAGUCAGUUCCGACAAAACGUCUUCCCCGAAGCCCAUACAAAUGGCAUGUCCAAUGGUUUUACACAAACUAGCGUUCACAUAAUUCCGUCGAGCCAGGCAGAACACUUCGCAGAAUUUUGCCGAAUGAACCACGCCCCUUGCCCCUUACUUUAUAGAAGCAACACGGGAGAAGUGUCAGCUCCACCCUUGGCAGCAAAUGUGGACAUUCGCACGGAUCUGUCAGCAUAUGGUAUUUAUGAAAAUGGGGUCUGUUCCAAAACCGUAACAGACUUACUAGAUAUACCCUUCGACGAGUUUGUUACCUUUUACGUUGGCUGCAGUAGCUCCUUCGAGCUCGCGCUACAAGACGCUGACCUUCCAGUUCGACACGUGCAGAUCGGACGCAGUGUGCCUAGUUACAAGACUAAGGUUCCAUGUGUCACCUCAGGUCCUUUCUCUGGAAAAGUAAUCAUGUCGAUGCGCCCAAUGCCUCGAAACUUAGUAGAGAGGGCCGCGCAGGUGACUGCUUUUUUGGACAAAGUACACGGAGCCCCUACGCACAUUGGUGAAGCUUCUUGGAUUGGAGUGGAAGAUCUGCAUAAUCCUGAGUUUGAUGACAAACCAAAUAUAAGGGAAGGAGAUGUAUGCAUGUACUGGGGAUGUGGUACAACUGCCACGAUGGCGAUAAUUAAUGCAAAGCUUCCCCUGGCGAUUAGCCUAAGCCCAACUGCGAAUUGUUGUAACUUCAUAAGUGAUCUCAACAAUGACGCGUUCAACAAGAUGAACGUCCCUAGGUGGAUGGAAUCUCUGCAAACGAAAGCCCUGUUCAUAACUGAAAACCCUGUUUUUGGUUCCCUUGUGUCCGACAAAGCACUGGAGCUGAUUCAGCAACUUGAAAAACUGCUCAGACGGGAUCCAAUAAAAUCACUUUUAAGUAGUGGAAUUGACGAUACAGUUGACUCACUUGCCAAGGCAGCAUUAAGACUUAGCCACGCCUCCUUUGUUGCCAUAGUUACGUCAAAUGACAUUUCUACCAAGGAAGGACUCGGUGUGCUGUCUAUCAUGAAGUCUCUCUUGGCAACUGAUUCUAAAGAAGUCGUUUUGCUUGUCCCGGAGGAUAAGCUCGCCGAAUGGAAAAAUGCCAUAAGCAGUGGCAUCGAUUGUAAACUGUUAAAGAAAACAGUUGGUGUGGGUAAAAUCGAAACAAGAGACGGAAGCUCAAAGGAUGAUGUUUUAAAACUUUCUCGUCACGUGUUGUCAACUACGGAGGGCUUUAAACUGGAUGAUGUUCGUCCUCGGCGGUUUACUGCUCUGGUUGCCUGUGAUGGAAAAGGAGGUUUUUGGGUGGAGAGUGCAGUUGAACUGUUGAUGGAAGCUAAUGUGGAAGCUUAUGUGAAUAAUUCGUCAGAUGGUUCCUGGCCUGGUGAAAUAAUCGCAACAGCGCUUUACAUACUGAAUUGCUGUCCUAUCCACUCUCGGUAUCAGCGAAGGGGUUUGGGCCUGCACAAGCCGUUACAGCAGAGCGUAUUUUUGGUAACAUACGAAGAGCUUGCAAACCUGACGUCCAAGCUUGAAUUUUCAUUCGAUACCCAAGUAGUAAAAGAUCUCGUUGAGAAGACAAACGCCUCAGCGUCAAGCGUUUUGGAAUGUCUCGGUGUUAAAGAUUGAAUAUAGUUUAACAUGC